AUGACGAACCCCAUGCCCCAUGAAGUCGCCAAAUUGGUCCCUGCCAAGGGGAACAUUAAUGGCAAUACCAUGGAUGCCUACAAAAAGGAUUAUGAGACCAGCAUGGAAAAGAAUGAUGAAUUCUGGUCUGCCAAAGCCACCGAAAUCUUGGAUUGGAUGUCACCCUUUACCAAGGUCUGCCAGGGCAGUUUUGAACGAGGUGAUAUUGCCUGGUUCGUUGGAGGUAAAUUAAACCUUUGCUACAAUGCCAUUGAUCGUCACGUCUUGAAUGGAAAGGGCGAUCAGGUCGGAAUGAUUUGGGAAGGUGAUGAACCCAAUGAUACUCGCCAGAUCACAUACCAAGAAAUGCUCAAUGAAGUCAGUCAAAUUACCAAUGCCCUCAAAAGUCAAGGAGUCCGCAAGGGGGAUGUCGUCACCAUUUACAUGCCCAUGAUCCCCGAAUUGGCCUUUACCAUGUUGGCUUGUGCUCGCAUGGGAGCCGUGCAUUCCGUCGUUUUCGCCGGAUUCUCCAGUGAAGCCCUGGCCCAACGUGUUUCGGCGGCUCAAUCCAAGUUUGUUGUGACGGCCGAUAAGGGAAAACGAGGUGGAAAAGAUAUCCCUCUCAAAAAGAUUGUCCAUGAUGCCAUUAACAAAAUGGAUUGCCAAGAAAUUGUUGAAAAAGUUCUCGUCUGGGAACGUUUCUACGAUCCAGCAUCCACCGAAGCACCCUUCGAAAUGGAUCCCAAGGAUGUCCGAAUGAACCCAUUGGUCGCUGUCCAACGUCCCUACUGUCCUCCAGAAGUCAUGGAUGCCGAGGAUAAUUUGUUCUUGCUGUACACAAGUGGUUCCACAGGAAAACCCAAGGGAUUGGUCCACACCACCGGUGGAUAUUCGCUCUACGCGGCCUACACUACCAAAACUACGUUUGAUAUCAACGAAGGAGAUAUUUUCGCCUGUGUUGCCGAUUGUGGAUGGAUUACAGGACAUACCUACGUUGUCUAUGGACCUCUUUUGUUGGGUAGUACCACCUUUCUCUUUGAGAGUACACCUGUCUACCCCGACCCCGGCCGUUAUUGGGAUAUGAUCCAACGCCACAAGAUUACCCAAUUCUACACGGCUCCUACCGCCAUUCGUCUCUUGAUGCGCUAUGGGGAUGAAAUCCCUUCCAAGUACGAUGUAUCCUGUGUCCGAGUCUUGGGUACCGUUGGAGAACCGAUCAAUCCCGAAGCUUGGAGGUGGUACUACGAAGUGGUCGGCAAGGAAAAAUGCACUAUCGUCGACACGUACUGGCAGACCGAAACGGGUGGACACAUUAUCACCAACUUGCCCGGUGUGACGGACAUGAAACCGGGAUCUUGUACCUUGCCCGUGCCGGGUAUUGAUGCCGUUGUCUUGAGUGCCAUUGAUGGACAUCCAUUGACCGAUGCCGAUAAGGAUGAAAAUGGCAACUUGGAGGGUGUCAUGGCCAUUCGCCGACCCUGGCCUGGCAUGGCCCGAACCUGUUUGGGUGAUCAUGAACGUUACUUGACCACCUAUUUCAAGCCGUACCCUGGAUACUACUUUACGGGAGAUUCCGUAUUGAAGGACAAGGAUGGAUACCAUUGGAUCAUUGGACGUGUGGAUGAUGUUAUCAAUGUCAGUGGUCAUCGUAUUGGUACUGCCGAAGUCGAGUCGGCAUUGGUGGCCCACCCUGCUGUGGCACAGGCUGCAGUUGUGGGAGAACCGCACGAUAUCAAGGGACAGUCCAUCUGCGCCUUUUGCAUGCUCACCGUCGGGUACGAUGAAAGUCCAGAAUUGCUCAAGGAACUCAAAAUGGCCGUUCGAACGGGAGUUGGAGCCUUUGCGUCGCCGGAUCACAUUGUCAUCUCGCCCAGUUUGCCCAUGACUCGAUCUGGUAAGAUUAUGCGUCGUAUCCUCCGAAAGAUUGUGAGCAACGAAGCCGACUCGUUGGGAGACACGAGUACAUUGGCCGAUCCAUCCAUUGUGGAUACUUUGAUUGCCAAGUUUGCGGAGCUCAAAAAGUAA